AUGGGCACUCUCGAAGAACCCUAUGACGAGGAAGGCAAUUUUAGCUAUGCCCAUAGCGAGGAUGACCUCGACAACGAUUACACAGGCAGUGGGGGUGAGCAAAGUGGUGAGGACCGAUACGCGAACAGUGAGAGCAAUGGAAGCGAUGAAGCUCCCGAUGAUGCUUCAGCAAAUGACACGGAUGGUGAGCUUAGUGACAGUGUGAUUAGCGAAAAUCUUUCGAUGUCACCAAGCGAUGAUGACGAGGAAGAUGAGGACGAGGAAGAUGAGGACGAGGAAGAUGAGGACGAGGAAGAUGGAGAGCUCGAGACAGGUAGCAUGGAAAGCGAUGCUAGUAGCUCAGACGAAGAGGACGAAGAGGAGGUGAAUGACAAAGGAACCGAUGUUAGUGGCCCAGACCAAGGGGAUGAUGAGGAGGUGAAUGACACAGAAAGUGACGAUAUUAGCUCAGAUGGCGAGGCAGUAUCAAUCGACGAAGAAAUCAUCAACCCAGUAAGCGAUGAAAGCGGCUCGGAUAGUGAAGCAGAUGUCUCGAUUGGAGAGGGCGCUGGGGCAGACACCUCAGUAGAGUCUGUGGGAUACAGCGGCAUGUGCAACAAUGACAGCACUACACACCAUGAGCAAGAAAACGUCUUGACGAGUACGCGGAGUAGCCCGGGAGGGUGGACGGAGUUCAAAAAAGGACAGAACACCGCACCUAUCCACCAUCACAGCACCUACCAAGCUUAUCAACCCAACAACAACUAUCAAUCUACAUACGACCAUCAAGCAACCAACAAUUAUCAGCUGACGAACACCCACCACCCGUACAGCAACAAUGAGAAGACCAGCAACUCCCCGACGAUCGUUCAGAGCCGAAAGAAAGUUCCAAGACGUCUUCCUGAAGUACAAACUGUGCUCGAUGCGUCGACUCUCAAUCGCAGUAAUACGCCGGCUGGUGCGCGGAAGAUCGCGCAUCCAAAUGCAAUGUCGUCCAAAAAGUCUAAAGACAACGCCCGCAGAACCAACGAAGCUCAUCUCUUGCACCGUACCAAACCCAAUCACGGACACGCCGAACUACCAUUCGAAACCAAGCAUCCUCGAAUAUCGAAAAAUCUUGGGAAGUCGAAAGCCGGCAAUGAGAUCAGUAUGGCUGACGAGCUCUUCCUUCCGGUCACAUCAACUCAAUCUACCAAAAGCAACCCAAAGCCCACAGCAACAAAACGCUCUCCUCUCAUGCACGAGACGGAAAGAAAGCCUGUAACAACUGCAAGUCCUAAAUCCAGCAAGAAGAAGCGCAAGCCUACGGUCCAUGAGAUGGAGGGAUCUGCAAUCCAAGUCCCCGCGAACAGCAGGCAGCAGUCCAACAGCAAGGCCAGCGGUACGAAGUUGUCCAAGAACAACGCAAUUCGCUCUCAUCUUCGACCACCCCCCGUAUCUUCCAGCGACACAAAAGAGACAUGGGUCCCUACCAGCUUCUCCAACCCCCUAAGGUUCUCCUAA